AUGUCCACCAUGGCAGCUCCAGAGCUGGUGUGUGAUCACUUGGUUUGGUGUGUCGAGUCCGUGGCCGACGGCAUGGACCGGUUCGAGGCGCUGACCGGCAUCAGGCCUUGCGUCGGUGGCCAACAUCUUGGGUUUGGGACGCACAAUGCCUUGGUGUCCUCGGGAGAAGGGGUCUAUAUCGAGCUCCUGGCGCAGGACCCGUCGCAACCUGCAGGAACGUGGCUAGGAGUUGAUUGCGAAAAGAAACCACGACUGACAACCUUUUGCGUCCAACGCUCAGAUGGACAAGGAGGCCUAGAUGACACGGUCGCAGCUGCUGCGAAGGCAGGAUAUGAUGCAGGUUCCAUCCAAGACUUCUCGCGAAAGAAUACCGAAGGAAAGACGCUGAGAUGGCGACUGGCCUCUGACCACCACAGGGCAGGCUUUGCGACACUUCCUAUGGCAGGGCUUGUACCAUUCGUGGUGGAUUGGUCUCCGAAUUGUGCAGAAGGCAUGGAACAUCCUUCUGCCAUCGCCCCCAAGGGCUGUUCGCUGGUGGAGAUUCGGGCAUCUCAUCCUGACCCGCCAGCACUUCAGAAAAUCCUGGAUGCCAUGAAUGUGAAGGGUGUCACGGUCCAAAGCUCUGAGCCUGGCAGCGAGCCAUGCUUAGAAGCUCUCUUGGAGACUCCAAAGGGACGAGUCACGUUAGCUUAG